CACUUGUGAAAGUUUUCAUCGGCGCCAAAAUAACGUAAAUACCGGAGUUGACAAACGUCAACGAUGCGAUUCAAGUGCGCUCUGUCGUCCAUCUGUGGAGCUUAGAAUUUUGGUAAAAAUCCAAGUAAAAAUGGCCACCAAUCGGGAGAGGGAAACAGAUGCGUUGCAUAACGUCCGUAGGCGCUUGAUAAAGCGGCAUAUGCAAGAAUGGCAACGUCAAUGUGCAAACCAAAGACAACUUCCGGCCGUGGGUGAACCGCAAAGAAGUGGAGAAACAUUGGUUGUUCUACGGAACAAUAUGUUGUCUGACCUCCUUGACCGACGCAUAUUUAGGCGUCGUUUGGAGGGAGUCGAACGGGAGCCUUCGGCCGCAGCUGAACGAGCUCUACCUCAAAGGAAUGAUGCCGUAUUGGAUCCAAUAAAUGUGACCGUCACACGUCCGCCUCCUAGCACUGGCGAGGAGAAUCCGCCGGUAAUAUCUAUAAUAGCCCGGGGUCCAUUCCAGCGGCUGGCGCUGCGGGGAACUCCCUCUGCCGUCGGAGAUGCUAAACCAAUGACGCUGGAAUCUGUCGCCAAGGUCGAGGUCGUGAACCAAAACAGGAUGUCAAUGGUCAGGUCGCCCUCCAUCUCAGCUGCCAAAGCUAUCCGUAAGGUAGCGGUAGUCGCUCCUAUGGGUGUGCGUGAGGGCGUGCGGAAGAAUCCUAACUGUUUGAAUCUGACAAGUAAGAUUGCAAAACAGAACAUAAAUGUGCAUCAAAAGUACGCACGCCUGCAGGUGCGUUUACCGCCUCUGGAGCCGUCUUGUAGUAAUAAGCCAACGGCGGUAGUGCAUCGGCUGGAUAAUUCUGCAGGUACCGCAACCGUCGAGCAGUAAGGCUUUGGGGCCGGCCACUACCGCCAUACAUCUCUCAUUCACUGGUGAACCCAUAAUACCAUAUUUCCCUCGGGAACUUUCAACACCUCCAUCCGUGGCCUCCAAGGCCGUACAUUCCAUCUGUGGGUUGAAAUAAAAAGAAAAUGCUAA